UCUCGAAUGAUGUCCGCGUAGCUGAAAACCGGAAGAAGUUUAGUGCAGUACGGAAAUCCAAUGACAACUCUGCCAUGGAGGAACUGAAGCGCCACAAGAAGCGUAAGAUGGAUGUCAACAUUUCAACACUUGCUGGGGAAGACCAUAAUAGUCUGACCGCACAUGAGGAAUGGCUGGUGGCCGAAACAUUCAAGGCAGUUCCCGACGAAAAGGUGAUUGAAGAAAGAAUGAACCUUACAGCUACAACAAGACUUGCUGAUGUGGCGUCAAUGAGUGUGGAGCACAUGAAGCGGAAAUACCCGUAUCUGAUGGACUUCGAGCGAUUUGUUGCAGACUUCAAGAGACUCACAGGAGUUGAAAUCAAAGAAAAGCUUAGGCUUGGAUUGGACCUAGUUAUUUCUUUGGCAAAGAAAAAACACAUCAAAUGUGAAGAUCAAGUGCUCCAGAUAAUUGCAGAUGCAACACAGUUGCAAGAGGAAGGACGCACGCUUCGAACACGACACCUCCUUGCUGUUGCAGCUUUGCGGAUAAUUGCUUUGAAUUUGAAGGAACAGACAGCAGUGCCAGCACUAUUUGUGCAUGAGGACGACGAGAGGGUUCCGCUCACCCCCUGUGUGAAGUACUCUGGCCACAACCUAGAACAGGCAGACUUUCUUCACCUCUGUGUUGACAAGGAGCAGCUGUUCACGGUGAAAAAUGCGGAGGAAGGGAUCAUCGCAGUCAUGAGUUCAUUUUUUGUUUUGAACAUUGUAUAUGGGCCGAAAUCCUUCAACACCAGUACAGUACUGGAACGAUUGUUUCUAGGUUUGAAUGUGACAACACCAAGGGUGGUUGUUACGAAGUUUGUAAACAGAGUUGUGCAGGCAAUGCGACGCUGAGGUUCAUGAACUAUGCUAACCUGUCAAUUAUGUGCAAAAGCUUGAGAAAUAGUUUUGUUAAAUUUUUAAUAUAACAUUGUCUUUCUGUUCAUAAUAGCAUGAUCCAAUAACUUUUUCCGCUGCCUCUGUGCCAAUCACAUUAUCUAUAGACUGCCCUUGUUUUAUGACAUUGCAGACAAUGUACCGUAUGUACUCGUGUGACAAUGUACCGUAUGUACUCGUGUAAGGGCCGCACUUUCUUUUUUUGAAAUUUUUGCUUGGUGCAGCCCUUACAGGAAUCGGGCAGACAACAGCUCACCAAAGGUCUAUACUGUUUCCGCAACCGUAGCAGUGUGUAAGAGUCACAAAUGACAUGCCAGGAAUUUUUUUAUUACGAUUCCAUGUCGCUAUCGCUGUCCUCGCGCUCGAAAGAGCUUGCCUCGGCGUCUGCAUCCCCCCAGAGACUAUCAUACUCAGUACCGUCCAUGCUGUUCGAAAUUCCAGUCACCUUGAAGCUUUUCGCAACUGUUUCCAAUGACACGGCACGCCACGCACACACUUGUUGGAGCGAUGCCCGCUUCAGCCGUCCCGUAGGGGUCUUCUCAUGAUGGCCUCCAGCCAUCCAUUCCGAGUAGCAUUGGCGAAAUUCUGUUUUGAAAGGACGGUUAAUGCAGAUGUCAAGCGGCUGCAGCACACUCGUUAGCCCUCCAGGAAUAACGGCCAAGUCGUGGCGAGUCGGUCCUUGACGCGGUCAGUCAAGUGGACCCUGAAACUGUCCAGAACUAGGAGGGCUUUCCGUUGUAACAGGCCUCCAGGUCUGUUUGCCCAUAUGGUCUUGAUCCAGUCUACGACGAGUUCCUCGCACAUCCAACCCUUUUCCUGGGCACGUACGAUAAUUCCCUGAGGGAACUUUUCUUUUGGGAGAGUCUUUCUUUUAAACACGACAUACGGCGGAAGUUUUCUGCCAUCUGCCAUGAUGCACAGUAUCACAGUGCUUCUUCGACGUUCUGCGCCGGUCGUGCGCACAGACACACAUUUCUCGCCCCUUAAAUCCACUGGUGCUUUCAGGUGCGUCGAACCACACAGGAGUCUGGUCCGCAUUUCCAAUUUGGGAGAGGUCGUACUCAUGUUACCUCCUGAGAGCAUUCACAAAGCGAUGAAAUUUAACCACAUGGCUUUCGUAUUCACUUGGAAGUUUUUGACAAAUCGUCGUUCUGCGGCGGAUAGAGAGCUGGUUCCGGUUCAUAAACCGUGUAGCCCACCCUCAACUUGCCUUGAAUUGUGCCUGGGGUAUUUCCAUGUGGCGAGUGAUGUUCAGGGCUUUCACGGGUACCAUGUCAGUUGAUACAGCGUAGCCGUCAAUUCGAGUGUCGGAUGACAUAUUUGACGAGUUCACCUUCGAGUUCUGGGUAUUUGCACUUCUUGCCGGAAACGCCUUUCGGCUCCUGUUGGUAGCGGCGAUGGCAUCUUUCUGCUUUAUCCAGUAAUGCACGCGCUUCUCGCUUGCCGUGCUCCUCGGCAUAUUCAGUCACUUGCAGUUUAAAUGAAGCAGUGAACAAUCUCAAAUGCCGGCCUAUCUUCCUUUACCUACGCUGGCUCAAACAGGGCUCACUACUACUGACGGAGUGACACCAGUUCGCCGGCGACACGACGCAAAUGAUGCACCACACAAAGCAAUCAUGGCGUCGUACGCCAACGCU